AUGGGCAGAAAGCAGGCUGAGACUGGGGGUGUCACUGAGAUUUGUUUGGCCUCCCAGUGCGAGAUGGGUGGCUGCAGCGUCAGACCCGACUCCUGCGCACAGCAGACGGCUCUGGAGAGUGCAACCGGCACCAAAUUAGAGGACGUCAGCGAACGCAGCCCUUUAGCAGACCCGCCCGUCCCAGCCUUUCACAACGCAUUCUGUGACACAGUCGCGGGGGGAGCAGGGACACCUCGCUCUGCUCCAGAGCUGAACGCAAAUGCUGUCACCAGUCCCCGGGGCGGCCCAGAGCCGGCACCCGACGCCCUGCGGCCGGUGGAACCGGGCCGUCUCCGUGCUCCUUCCAGCAACCUUGCGCUGCCUGGGCCAUCGCACACCGCCCCGGAGAAGCGCGUCCUUGCUCCGGCCAAGAGGAGGCGGAGGUGUCAGCACGAACUGCUGAGACCCCCAAAGCCCUCUCAGCUGGAGUUCAUCACCCCCUUCCAGCUGUACUUCAACCCCGACCUCAUCUUCAGGAAGUUCCAGAUAUGGAGGCUGAUCACCAACUUCCUCUUUUUUGGGCCCCUGGGAUUCAGUUUCUUUUUCAACAUGAUAUUUCUGUACAGGUACUGCCGCAUGUUAGAAGAAGGCUCCUUCCGUGGAAGGACAGCUGACUUUGUCUUCAUGUUCCUCUUUGGAGGGUUUCUCAUGACACUAUUUGGACUCUUUGCCAGCCUGUUUUUCCUGGGCCAGGCUUUCACCAUCAUGCUGGUGUAUGUGUGGAGUCGCAGGAACCCAUAUAUCCGCAUGAACUUCUUUGGGCUUCUUAACUUCCAGGCCCCCUUUUUGCCCUGGGUCCUGAUGGGAUUCUCUCUGCUUCUAGGCAACUCCAUCAUCAUCGACUUACUGGGGAUUGCCGUGGGUCACAUCUAUUAUUUCUUGGAAGAUGUCUUCCCCAACCAGCCUGGAGGAAAGAAAUUGCUGUUAACACCUGGUAUCCUGAAGCUAGUAUUUGACACACCUGAAGAGGAUCCCAACUAUAACCGUCUCCCUGAGGAUCAUCCAGAAAACCAGCCUAGAGACCAAGACCAUAAUCACCAGCAGCAUCCACAGUAACACAGAGGACUUCAUGUGGCCAGAUUCCUCUCUUCCACCUGGACUUACGCUAUGGCCCAGAGAUCCUACUGGAGUAACACCAGUUGCCAUUCCGAUGUGUAAUGUUUCACUGUUUGUAUGGGUAACCCAUCUUCUCCUUAUACCAAGUGGUUCCGCAGAGCUUUGCACGCAAGAACUACUGAAUGCUUACAGAAGUGUUUUAGGGACAGGGGCUUGAAGCUGUGAUGGCUCCUCAGUUACCCAGUGGGGAACAAGAAUCAAAUGGAGCGUUAAACCAGUUCCUCCUUCUCUUGCUGUUAGUGACUUGCUGUGUGCCAGGUCACUUUUGCCCUCUGUACAAAGACCAAUGCUCUCAGCUCUCACUGUUCUGAGACCUCUUUGUGAGCUUUCAAUGAAAUAGUACUCCCUAAUCUACCAUGGUAGAAUGCAGCUCAGCUUCUUCCUUUCAUCUAAGUCCCCCACUCCAUUUUUGGUUGUUGUUUCCAAAGAGUCUUUACAUUAAAGUCUUUAUUUUUCA